AAGAGCAGCUGUCAUUGUUUUUUUUUUGUUCAAAAGGUGAAAAAUUGAUGGAUAAAUAAUGUCGUCUCGAGUACUAAAGAAACUCUCGGUAAAGAUUCAAGAACCGAAUCAAAUUGACGUUGACGAGAACGAGUCUGACUGUGAUCUUGUCAUUCCCACAAAAAAACAACUCAACAUCAACCGUUACGAUUUGCUAAACCAGACCGCAUCGCCAAGCGAAAGUGAAAUCAAGGAAGAUGACGACACAGAACGCGGCGAUUCUUACAACUUUUACAACGCCGAAGCGAAAAAGAAGAAAAAAAAGCGCAAGACGAAGAAACGCACCGGGAAAUAUCUGUCACAGCGGAAAAGUAGCGAAGAUAAUGCCGAUGCCGAAGACGAUAUUUCGCGCACGGUUCGGGAAGUUGACAAACUCUUUGGAACAGAUACGGCGGAAGCAAAUGCCGCAAAUCUGGCUUCAAAAGAGACAAGCGGCGUUCGUUCCCUGCUCUCGGUCCAACAUAAAAACUUGAAUGCGGCGAACGAGAUGAAACGGAUGUUCGGGACGCGAGUUAUUCAAGCGGAGCAGAACAAACGACGCAAUCCACGAGGCGCUCCGAGACUCUUGCGAUCGACGUGGCUCGUGAAUCCGAAGGAAAAUUGGCCGCCAGUUGGCAAAACGGGAAUUUACAUGAAUCUUGUACCGAAUCCCGAUACAACGCCAACUCACAAUAGCAAAAUUUCGGACAAAAAUGCGAUUUAUUUCUCGUUCGAACACAGCCCCGCAUACCGACAAUUGCAACAAAAGUUCCUGACAGCCGUUGAAACGAUGGAUUCCGAUAAUAUUAUUAAAAUUAUUAAUCAGCAACCAUAUCACGUCGAUUCGUUGAUCCAACUUUCCGAGUUAUGCAAGAUGAGUGAGGAUUACGGAAUGGCUUCUGAACUUAUUGAACAUGCCGUUUAUGCACUUGAGUCGUCCUUUCAUUCGAUGUUUUCGAUUGUUUCGGGCACAAGUCGUUUGGAUUAUCGCCGACAAGAAAAUCGCGCACUUUUUAUUGUCCUCUUCAAGCAUGCUCAAUUCCUCGAGUCACGAGCUUGUUCCCGUACCGCUUUGGAAAUCACGAAAUUCCUGCUGACACUCGAUCCGGAAAAUGAUAAUCUCGCCGUGAAACUGAUCCUGGAUUUUUACGCGAUUCGUGCGAAGCAAUUUGAAUGGCUCACACAACUUUUCGAGGAAUGGGAAGAAACUCACAAUUUAUCGCAACUACCAAACAUGGCAUAUUCCUAUGCGCUUGCCCUCUUUUACACACGAAAACUGGACGAAGCCGAUAAAGCGUUGCAAUAUGCCCUCAUGAUGUUUCCCGCAGUUCUCCGAUUGUUACUUGACGAGUUGGCAAUUCAAACGGACUCGCGUGUGACGACGCAUCCAUAUUUUGCGCCCCAAUGUUACUCGAAACAGCGACUUCCGUUGCAACAAUUGACCUCGUUGUAUGUCGCGCGUUCGAAAAUGGUUUGGCGCGAUGCGGAUAUUCUUCCCUGGUUGGAACGGAAUGUCGGAGUUGUGUUGGAUAAAGUUGAUUCAGGAGAUCCCAUCGUUGCGGAGUACGAACAGAAGCGCAGUACGAGAUAUAUUACGCCGCCAAGACCAAUUUUACGGCAUAUUGUGUUGUCGGAUUUUAAGGAAAAGGUUCCGCUUGCGGAAGCGUUGAAGAAUGAACCGUCGACGUCGAUUUUGAUGUAUGAUCCGUUGCCGCCGCUGGAUUCCAUUGAUAUUUAUACGAGACCUGAUCUCAAUCGAACGUCAGCUGCCAUGCUCAACGGAUCUCCGCUAUCAAUGUUUUUCCAAUCUUUGCUACCGAGUUUCAGUGUUCAGGGAAAUAAUCCAGCGGCGCCUGUUCAACCCGUACCCGGAGGUAUUCAAGGUCAACAACAACGUGCUGCCGAAGCUGCGAGAGAGAACGAAGGUGCAGUUGGCGGCGGCGUUCAAUCUUAUGCUGAACUUCGAACGUCACUAAAUUCAAUCGUAGAUGCCAUGCGUGACUUCUUAUCGAACAUCCGCGUUCCCGAAAGACCAAAUGACGCUGAUGUCGACGAAAACGAGGAAAGUAGUGACGACGAACCAAAUGACUAUCUGACAUAAAUGUUCUUCUCGGUUUCUCAUGAGAAAAAAAAAUGCUUUUUGCUUAAAACACAUUAUUAAUAAAGAAAAAUAAUCAAUUACAAAUCAGAUCAAUUCAAGCCACCAAUUAAUAAGAAAAAAUCAAUCAUCGGGCUAAUUUUUUGCUAAAUAAGAAAUUUUGAAAACGUUAUUAGAGGAAGAAAGUGUCAAAAACUCAAUUGUGAUCCGAUUAUUUGUUUCGUAGCUUGGUAAGAGUAAAAAUUUAUUAACAAAAUAUUUGUAAUGAUGUGAAAAAAAAGAUGAAAAUUAAUUAUUGUACAUGUCUGUGUAUCAUUAUUAUCGAAGAAUUUGUAAAAAAAAAUACUUAAAGAA